AUGUCACAAUAUACUGGCUCAUUCAGGCUUCCUACAAGAAGAAAGAAGGUUGAUCUGAACAUAUCGAACCCCAUCAACACACAGCGCUGUUUCUCUCCCUGGGAGAACAGGACAACACCAGAGAACAGGAGAGUGGGGAGAGAUCAGCCACUAACGACAGGGGCGUCCCAUACAGUGGGGGGUGGCAGACCAGGGGGAGGGAGAGGAGGGGACGAGGAGGGGCGGCGUAACCUCAGAGGUUGGGAGGGGACCCCAUGUACAACCUCGAACAGCAGGAGGAGAGGAGGAGGAGGGGGCGGAAGGAGGGAUGAGGCCGUGGAUUGUCAGGUGCGGGAGGCAAGCGGUAGCAUAUUGAGCCAGAGGUCUGACUAUGUUGAUAACUCGGAUGUCUGGGUGUCGCGGGACAAGGACGGCCAACCAAGGACCAUCAUCAUCCCACUCACCCGCCAACCGAUACCUGGGGGAAGAGGAGGAGGGGAGGAGGAGAUGGCCGUGCCAGGCGACCCCGAGGACUAUGUCGAUAUGAAGGCCAUAUCCUCCGCCGACCGCUACCUGGGUCUGGUACGACGCGACUACCGGGGCCUCGCAGACGUCCCCGAGGAGGACGCAGACCCCGCCGAUUACGAACACCCUCUCUCCAGCGAGAGGGCAGGAGAAAUAUCGCAGGUGGAGGAGGGACGCCAGGAUCAUCGUGGCCCUAGGGUGGCACACAAGGGAGGUGUCCUCCCUUCACUGUCGAAUGCAGUGGCCAUGCCUGGGAGGCCUGGUGGAGCUACUGGGGGAGGGGUCUUGCCGGUAAAACGCUACAUAAACGUAGAAGUGAAGGAGUUCGACCCGUCGAUGGACAUGUUCUGUUCGUCAGAGCACCACAAGGAUACAAUGUCUCACGACUCGAACAACCCACCAGCAGCUACCACAUUAGCUACCACAGUAGCCGAAGGAGAGGAUGAAGAUGAUAGGGACAAGGCUCAGAAGAGGCACCACGACUACAUUAACAUAGACGGGGAAAAACUGCCACCUGAGAAUCCUCCAAUCCCUAAGAACGGUCACUGA